UAUGGAUGUCAGAAAGGAUAAACACUGUAUGCAGCUCUAGAGUCCUGAACGUAGGGUUUCCUCUACUAUAAUCAUAUAAAUGGCUGAAGCAGAACAGACAAUGAUGUCAUAGACCGCCUACUUGAAGCUUCUAGAACAAAGAACUGGAGUGAGAACACGAAAACCACCAGCAGCGGAGAGCUUGUAACAGGUUUUCUGGAGGUAUUUGCUUCAACAUCAGGGCCAUGAUUCCAACUGGCUGUAAAUAGAAAGAAGAAGCACCAGAUAAGUGUACUAUCCAUCUAGACAAUGAUGCAACCAACAUAACAAGCCACAGCCCUGAUGCAAGGAAUAAAAAAACUUCUGCUGCUCGGGAUCCAAGAAGGUAGCUCUCAUGUUUCCAUUAUUUGUAGGCUUUUAAAAGAAAGGUGCAAGGCACAGGGGGGAAAUUUGUCUUGCCCAUACAGCAAGGGCUGUUGUCCCAAGGCCCCAACUACUAAAUUAGCAAGUGUUAAGCAAAAGAAUGGAUGACUCUGAACCACCACUUGACCAGGAGACUCCUGGGAAUGAUGAAAUAUUAGAUGAGGAGCAGAAACGUAAUGAUGAUGCUAGUGAGGAAGAUUACAGUGGGACAAAUCAUUUGCAGGAGAGUGGGGAUACUGCACCAAUAAUGGAGCAAAGAGCCAUAUACAGAUCAGUUUCUGAUAAAGAUAGGAUUAACCAAUCUCUGCAGACAGACAGCAAAGUGAGCGUUUUCAGGCAGAAAACACUAAUUGACCGGAGUCAGCAGACAGAUGUUUGUGGCGGUUCAGAAAGCAGUAUAACAUCUCUAAGGAAAGAAUCCCGCUUUAGCAGUUCUCAGUUCGAAGGCCAAAAAUCCCAACACAGCAGUCAACAAUCUAUUAGUCGUCAGGAUGGUCAUAGCCGAGCAUCUUCUUGGAUGCAAUCUGAGAUUAAUUUUCCUGAUGACACUGAGUCAACAAUAGUGCCCGAUUCUGGCUAUGAAAGUGAACAAGUGGAGGAAUCCCGACGUAGCAGUCUAAUAUCUCAAAUGUAUGGCUUUCCCAUUUGUGGCCAAGAACAAUCUCGAAGGAGCAGCCAGCAGUCCACUGGCACCCACAUUUUGCAAGGCCAAAAGAUGGCCCAAGGACAGGCCGUAGAUAAUGCUGAUAUAGCUGAGGAAACAACUUGGUUCAAUAAAAGAACAGGCGUAUAUGUAAUAUCUAGACAUCAGCAAACAAGUAUAAUUUGGGGCCCAGAAACACUUGCAGAAAUUUUACUACCUUUUAAAGAAUCCAUUAAAAGCAAAACAGUAGAAAAAGAGAUGUUAAAAGAGGAGGCAGCACUAGUUUCUUCACUGGAUACAGAAAGGGCACAGCCUGCAGUUGAAGAAUAUCAUCACAGCAAGCAAAAGACAGAAGAGCAAGAAUCAAAGAGACCUAGUCAAGCGCCUACUGUAACGGGAUCUCUUUACAGUAUCCAACAAAUAGAGGGGCAAGAAUCAAAGAGACCUAGUCAAGCACCUUCUGUACAAGGAUCUCUUCACAGUAUCCAACAAAUAGAGGGGCAAGAGUCAAAGAGACCUAGUCAAGCGCCUCCUGUAACAGAAUCUCUUUACAGUAUCCAACAAAUAGAGGGGCAAGAAUCAAAGAGACCUAGUCAAGCGCCUCCUGUAACAGAAUCUCUUUACAGUAUCCAACAAAUAGAGGGGCUAGAAUCGAAGAGACCUAGUCAAGCACCUUCUGUACAAGGAUCUCUUCACAGUAUCCAACAAAUAGAGGGACAAGAAUCAAAGAGACCUAGUCAAGCGCCUCCUGUAACAGAAUCUCUUUACAGUAUCCAACAAAUAGAGGGGCAAGAAUCGAAGAGACCUAGUCAAGCACCUUCUGUACAAGGAUCUCUUCACAGUAUCCAACAAAUAGAGGGACAAGAAUCAAAGAGACCUAGUCAAGCGCCUCCUGUAACAGAAUCUCUUUACAGUAUCCAACAAAUAGAGGGGCAAGAAUCGAAGAGACCUAGUCAAGCACCUUCUGUACAAGGAUCUCUUCACAGUAUCCAACAAAUAGAGGGACAAGAAUCAAAGAGACCUAGUCAAGCGCCUCCUGUAACAGAAUCUCUUUACAGUAUCCAACAAAUAGAGGGGCAAGAAUCAAAGAGACCUAGUCAAGCGCCUCCUGUACAGGGAUCUCUUUACAGUAUCCAACAAAUAGAGGGGCAAGAAUCGAAGAGACCUAGCCAAGCGCCUCCUGUACAGGGAUCUCUUUACAGUAUCCAACAAAUAGAGGGGCAAGAAUCAAAGAGACCUAGUCAAGCGCCUCCUGUACAGGGAUCUCUUUACAGUAUCCAACAAAUAGAGGGGCAAGAAUCGAAGAGACCUAGUCAAGCACCUCCUGUACAGGGAUCUCUUUACAGUAUCCAACAAAUAGAGGGGCAAGAAUCGAAGAGACCUAGUCAAGCACCUUCUGUACAAGGAUCUCUUCACAGUAUCCAACAAAUAGAGGGACAAGAAUCAAAGAGACCUAGUCAAGCGCCUCCUGUAACAGAAUCUCUUUACAGUAUCCAACAAAUAGAGGGGCUAGAAUCGAAGAGACCUAGUCAAGCACCUUCUGUACAAGGAUCUCUUCACAGUAUCCAACAAAUAGAGGGACAAGAAUCAAAGAGACCUAGUCAAGUGCCUUCUGUAACAGGAUCUCUUUACAGUAUCCAACAAAUAAAGGGGCAAGAAUCAAAGAGACCUAGUCAAGCGCCUUCUGUAACAGGAUCUCUUUACAGUAUCAAACAAAUAGAGGGGCAAGAAUCAAAGAGACCUAGUCAAGCACCUUCUGUAACAGGAUCUCUUUACAGUAUCCAACAAAUAGAGGGGCAAGAAUCAAAGAGACCUAGUCAAGCACCUAUUGUACAAGGAUCUCUUCACAGUAUCAAACAAAUAGACGGGCAAGAAUCAAAGAGACCUAGUCAAGCGCCUCCUGUAACAGGAUCUCUUUACAGUAUCCAACAAAUAGAGGGGCUAGAAUCAAAAGGUCCUAGUCAAGCACCUUCUGUACAAGGAUCUCUUCACAGUAUCAAACAAAUAGAGGGGCAAGAAUCAAAGAGACCUAGUCAAGUGCCUCCUGUACAGGGAUCUCUUUACAGUAUCCAACAAAUAGAGGGGCAAGAAUCAAAGAGACCUAGUCAAGCGCCUCCUGUACAAGGAUCUCUUCACAGUAUCCAACAAAUAGAGGGACAAGAAUCAAAGAGACCUAGACAAGCGCCUCCUGUAACAGAAUCUCUUUACAGUAUCCAACAAAUAGAGGGGCUAGAAUCGAAGAGACCUAGUCAAACACCUUCUGUACAAGGAUCUCUUCACAGUAUCCAACAAAUAGAGGGACAAGAAUCAAAGAGACCUAGUCAAGCGCCUCCUGAAACAGAAUCUCUUUACAGUAUCCAACAAAUAGAGGGGCUAGAAUCGAAGAGACCUAGUCAAGCCCCUUCUGUACAAGGAUCUCUUCACAGUAUCAAACAAAUAGAGGGGCAAGAAUCAAAGAGACCUAGUCAAGCGCCUUCUGUAACAGGAUCUCUUUACAGUAUCCAACAAAUAAAGGGGCAAGAAUCAAAGAGACCUAGUCAAGCGCCUUCUGUAACAGGAUCUCUUUACAGUAUCCAACAAAUAGAGGGGCAAGAAUCAAAGAGACCUAGUCAAGCGCCUUCUGUAACAGGAUCUCUUUACAGUAUCCAACAAAUAGAGGGGCAAGAAUCAAAGAGACCUAGUCAAGCGCCUUCUGUAACAGGAUCUCUUUACAGUAUCCAACAAAUAGAGGGGCAAGAAUCAAAGAGACCUAGUCAAGCGCCUCCUGUAAAAGAAUCUCUUUACAGUAUCCAACAAAUAGAGGGGCUAGAAUCGAAGAGACCUAGUCAAGCACCUUCUGUACAAGGAUCUUUUCACAGUAUCAAACAAAUAGAGGGGCAAGAAUCAAAGAGACCUAGUCAAGCGCCUUCUGUAACAGGAUCUCUUUACAGUAUCCAACAAAUAAAGGGGCAAGAAUCAAAGAGACCUAGUCAAGCGCCUUCUGUAACAGGAUCUCUUUACAGUAUCCAACAAAUAGAGGGGCAAGAAUCAAAGAGACCUAGUCAAGCGCCUUCUGUAACAGGAUCUCUUUACAGUAUCCAACAAAUAGAGGGGCAAGAAUCAAAGAGACCUAGUCAAGCGCCUUCUGUAACAGGAUCUCUUUACAGUAUCCAACAAAUAAAGGGGCAAGAAUCAAAGAGACCUAGUCAAGCACCUCCUGUAACAGGAUCUCUUUACAGUAUCCAACAAAUAGAGGGGCAAGAAUCAAAGAGACCUAGUCAAGCACCUUCUGUACAAGGAUCUCUUCACAGUAUCAAACAAAUAGAGGGGCAAGAAUCAAAGAGACCUAGUCAAGCACCUUCUGUAACAGGAUCUCUUUACAGUAUCCAACAAAUAGAGGGGCAAGAAUCGAAGAGACCUAGUCAAGCACCUACUGUACAAGGAUCUCUUCACAGUAUCCAACAAAUAGAGGGGCAAGAAUCAAAGAGACCUAGUCAAGUACCUACGGUACCUGGAUCUCUUUACAGUAUGCAACAAAUAGAGGGGCUAGAAUCAAAGAGACCUAGUCAAGCACCUACUGUAACGGGAUCUCUUAAUAGCAUCAAACAAAUAGAGGGGCAAGAAUCAAAGAGACCUAGUCAAGCACCUACUGUAACGGGAUCUCUUUAUAGCAUCAAACAAAUAGAGGGGCAAGAAUCAAAGAGACCUAGUCAAGCACCUAGUGUACAAGGAUCUCUUCAAAGUAUCCAACAAAUAGAGGGGCAAGAAUCAAUAAAACCUAUCCAAGCGCUUAAUGUAGAAGGAUCUCUUUACAGUAUCCAACAAAUACAGGGGCAAGAAUCAAAGAUGUCUAUUCAAGCACCUACUGUUCCGGGAUCUUUUUACAGCAUUCAAAAAGUAGAGGGGCAAGAAUCGAAGAGACCUAGUCAAGCGCCUACAGUAUCGGGAUCUCUUUACAGUAUCAAACAAAUAGAGGGGCAAGAAUUAAAGAGACCUAGUCAAGCACCUACUGUUCAAGGAUCUCUUCACAGUAUCCAACAAAUAGAGGGGCAAGAAUCAAUGAAACCUAGCCAAGUGCUUAAUGUACAAGGAUCUCUUCAGAGUAUCCAACAACUACAAGGGCAAGAAUCAAAGAUGCCUAGUCAAGCGCCUACUGUUCCAGGAUCUUUUUACAGCAUUCAAAACAUAGAGGAGAAAGAAUCAAAGAUGCCUAGUCAAGCGCCUACGGUACCGGGAUCUCUUUACAGUAUCCAACAAAUACAGUGGCAAGAAUCGAAGACACCUAGUCAAGCACCUAUGGUACCGGGAUCUCUUUACAGUAUCCAACAAAUAGAGGGGCUAGAAUCUAAGAGACCUAGUCAAGCGCCUACUGUACAAGGAUCUAUUUACAGUAUCCAACAAAUAGAGGGGCAAGAAUCUAUGAGACCUAGUCAAGCACCUACUGUACCGGGAUCUCUUUAUAGUAUCAAACAAAUAGAGGGGCAAGAAUCUAUGAGACCUAGUCAAGCACCUAUUGUACCGGAGUCUCUUUACAGUAUCCAACAAAUAGAGGGGCUAGAAUCUAAGAGACCAAGUCAAGCACCUACUGUACCGGGAUCUCUUUACAGUAUCCAACUAAUAGAGGGGCUAGAAUCGAAGAGACCUAGUCAAGUACCUACGUUACCUGGAUCUCUUUACAGUAUGAAACAACUAGAGGGGCAAGAAUCAAUAAAACCUAGCCAAGUGCUUAAUGUACAAGGAUCUCUUCAGAGUAUCCAACAAAUACAAGGGCAAGAAUCAAAGAUGCCUAGUCAAGCGCCUGCUGUUCCAGGAUCUCUUUACAGCCUUCAAAAAGUAGAGGGGCAAGAAAUGAAGAGACCUAGUCAAGCGCCUACAGUAUCUGGAUCUCUGUACAGUAUCAAACAAAUAGAGGGGCAAGAAUCAAAGAGACCUAGUCAAGCACCUCCUGUAACAGGAUCUCUUUACAGUAUCCAACAAAUAGAGAGGCUAGAAUCGAAGAGACCUAGUCAAGCCCCUUCUGUACAAGGAUCUCUUCACAGUAUCAAACAAAUAGAGGGGCAAGAAUCGAAGAGACCUAGUCAAGCGCCUACUGUAACAGGAUCUCUUUACAGUAUCCAACAAAUAGAGGGGCUAGAAUCGAAGAGACCUAGUCAAGCACCUACUGUACAAGGAUCUCUUCACAGUAUGCAACAAAUAGAGGGGCAAGAAUCAAAGAGACCUAGUCAAGCACCUACUGUAAAAGGGUCUCUUCAGAGUAUCAAACAAGUAGAGGGGCAAGAAUCAAAGAGACCCAGUCAAGCGCCUACUGUAACAGGAUCUCUUUACAGUAUCCAACAAAUAGAGGGGCAAGAAUCAAAGAGACCUAGUCAAGCACCUACUGUACAAGGAUCUCUUCAGAGUAUCAAACAAGUAGAGGGGCAAGAAUCAAAGAGACCUAGUCAAGCGCCUACUAUAACAGGAUCUCUUUACAGUAUCCAACAAAUAGAGGGGCUAGAAUCGAAGAGACCUAGUCAAGCCCCUUCUGUACAAGGAUCUCUUCACAGUAUCAAACAAAUAGAGGGGCAAGAAUCAAAGAGACCUAGCCAAGUGCCUACUGUACAAGGAUCUCUUUACAGUAUCAAACAAAUAGAGGGGCAAGAAUCAAUAAAACCUAGUCAAGCGCCUACUGUACAAGGAUCUCUUUACAGCCUCCAACAAAUGGAGGGGCUAGAAUCAAAGAGACCUAGUCUAGCGCCUACUGUUACGGGAUCUCUUUAUAGUAUUCAACAAAUUCAGGGACAAGAAUCAAAGAAACCUAGUCAAGCACCUACUGUUCCAGGAUCUCUUUACAGCAUUCAAAAAAUAGAUGGGCAAGAAUCAAAGAAACUGAGUCAAGCACCUACUGUACAAGGAUCCCUUCACAGUAUCCAGCAAAUAGAGGGGCAAGAAUCAAAGAGACCUAGUCUAGCGCCUACUGUUACAGGAUCUCUUUAUAGCAUUCAGCAAAUUCAGGGGCAAGAAUCAAAGAAACCUAGUCAAGCACCUACUGUUCCAGGAUCUCUUUACAGCAUUCAAAAAAUAGAGGGGCAAGAAUCAAAGAUACCGAGUCAAGCGUCUAUUGUACAAGGAUCCCUUCACAGUAUCCAAGAAAUACAGGGGCAGGAAUCAAAGAGACCUAGUCAAGCGCCUACUGUACAAGGAUCUCUUCACAGUAUCCAGGAAAUACAGGGGCAAGAAUCAAAGAGACCUAGUCAAGCACCUACUGUACAAGGAUCUCUUCACAGUAUCCAACAAAUAGAGGGGCAAGAAUCAAAGAGACCUAGUCAAGCGCCUACUGUAACAGGAUCUCUUUACAGUAUCCAACAAAUAGAGGGGCAAGAAUCAAAGAUGGCUAGUCAAGCGCCUACUGUUCCGGGAUCUCUUUACAGCAUUCAAAACAUAGAGGGGAAAGAAUCAAAGAUGACUAGUCAAACUCCUCUGGUACCGGGAUCUCUUUACAGUAUCCAACAAAUAGAGGGGCUAGAAUCUAAGAGACCUAGUCAAACACCUACUGUACAAGGAUCUCUUCACAGAAUUAAGCAAAUAGGGGGGCAAGAAUCGAAGAGACCUAGUCUAACGCCUACUGUACAAGGAUCUCUUCAAAGUAUUCAAAAGACAGCAGGGCAACAGUAUAGGGCUGAUCAAUCUAGGCCAGAGGACCAAAAGAUAAGGCGACGUAGAAAAGUAUGCAAAAAUAAAGUUGACCAAUGUCAACAGACAGAUAGUGCAGAGAGUCUCAAAAAAAUACUGUCUGAAAAGUGUCUACAGACAGAUACGUCUAAAAGUGAAAGCAUUGCCACAGCAGUUGAAUUGCCUGAUUCUGUCUGUGGCACACAUCAACUCCCACAAAAAAUUGAUAUGGACAUUCUUCCAGCUCAGUUGAAAGAUACCUGUUCUGACAGCCAUCCACUUGUAGAACAUGCAAUCUGUAGCAAUAUGCUACCACAAGAAAUGCCGGAUUCCAAUCGUGAAGUCAAGCAGGAAGACAUUCAAGAACUUCACUCUCGCAGUCUUCCAGCAGAAUUAGAAGGUUCUUGCCGUGAUAAUAGGCAAGAGUAUGAACCUCUAGAAUACCGCCAGAGUAGCCUUCCUAUUAAACUGGACUAUUCUCAGCGUGAUAGCAAGCCAAUUGCUUUGCAAGACCUCACUUAUGGCAGAUUCCCAGAUAAGGUAAAAGAAUCUGAACAUGGUGGUGAGAAACCUUUGGAAGAAUAUGGUCAGAGCAGCCUUUCUUUUGCACUGGAAGAAUGUCAUCGUCUUUAUGAAGAGAGAAUGCGGCAGGACUCCCAGUAUGACAGUCAGAAAUCUCUCAAAGUGGUACGUAAGAUGGAUUCUGCUUGUGAGCCUAGUCCCUCCUCUAUGUUUGAUAGUCAGACAAUGUUGCCUAAACAAUCUAUGUCUGCUCAGCAGACAUAUAGCACUAUUUCAUUACAGGGAACUUCUUGGCUACAUAAACAAACUGGCAAACUAAUGACAAACCAAAGCCAACAGACCAGUGAUAGUUGGCUCCAGAAAAAGAGGGCGAAAAAACAGAUGUCUACAAGGAAAGAAACAAUGUCAAGGAGUGAUGUAACUGAGGUUCAAGAAUCACCAGAAGUAACGGAUCAACAAGCUGUUGAAUUUGAAUCUCGAAGAGUCAGUCAACAAUAUGCUGCCCCAGACUUCCAGAGAAACCAUGAACCACCUAGUGUGCCUGAGUCCCGGAGGCCUAGUGAACCACCUAGUGUGCCUGCAUCCCAGAAGGCCAGUGAAAUACUAGCUGUACCGGAGUCCCGAAAGGGCAGCAAAGUAUAUACCAUAACUGAGUCCCGGAAGGCCAGUGAAUUAUCUGCUCUACCAGAGUCCCAGAAGUCCAGUAAAACAUAUGUUGUAUCUCCAUCUCGAAAGCUUAGCAAAGCACCUGAUUUACCUGAAUCACCAGAAGUAACGGAUCAACAAGCUGUAGAAUAUGAAUCUCGAAGAGUCAGUCAACAAUAUGCUGCCCCAGACUUCCAGAGAAACCAUGAACCACCUAGUGUGCCUGAGUCCCGGAGGCCUAGUGAACCACCUAGUGUGCCUGCAUCCCGGAAGGCCAGUGAAAUACCAGCUGUACCAGAGUCCCGAAAGGGCAGCAAAGUAUAUACCAUAACUGAGUCCCGGAAGGCCAGUGAAUUACCUGCUCCACCAGAGUCCCAGAAGUCUAGUAAAACAUAUGUUGUAUCUCCAUCUCGAAAGCUUAGCAAAGCACCUGAUUUACCUGAAUCACCAGAAGUAACGGAUCAACAAGCUGUUGAAUGUGAAUCUCGAAGAGUCAGUCAACAAUAUGCUGCCCCAGACUUCCAGAGAAACCAUGAACCACCUAGUGUGCCUGAGUCCCGGAGGCCUAGUGAACCACCUAGUGUGCCUGCAUCCCGGAAGGCCAGUGAAAUACCAGCUGUACCGGAGUCCCAAAAGGGCAGCAAAGUAUAUACCAUAACUGAGUCCCGGAAGGCCAGUGAAUUACCUGCUCUACCAGAGUCCCAGAAGUCUAGUAAAACAUAUGUUGUAUCUCCAUCUCGAAAGCUUAGCAAAACACCUGAUUUACCUGAGUCCCGGAAAGCUAGUGAGCAAACUUUUGUGCCUCAAUCCUGUCCAAUCAGUGUAGAACCUACUAUACUCGAGUUUCCAAGGACAAGUGAAGCACCUGUCAUGCUUGAAUCCCAAAGUUUCAGUAAAACAUCUAUCUUAUCUGAAACCUGGAGGGCUAGUGAACAACUUGCUGCGCCUGGGUCUCAAAGGGCCAGUCAAGCAUUUGCUAUAUCUGAGUCUCGGAAAGCUAGUGCAGCACCUACUGAGCUUGAGCCCCGGAGAUCUAGUGAACCACCUGCUGUAUUUGAGUCCCAAAGGGCCAGUGUAGUGGCUGGUUUAUUAGAGUACAAAAGUGCUAGCGAACCAUGUGCUGUACUUGAGUCCCGAAGGGUCAGUGAAAUACCUGCUGUAUCUGAGUUUCAGGGGAUUAGUGAACAACUUUCUGCAUCUCGACAAAUCAGUGUAGCAUCUACUGUAUUAGAGUUCCGGAGGGCUAGUGAACCACCUGGUGUACCUGCCUCCCAAAGGUCCAGUGAAGUACAUGUUUUACCCGAAUCUCGGAGAGCUAGUGAACCUGCUGUGCUUGAGUCUCAGAGAGCCAGUGAGUCACCUGUUUUGCAGGACUCCCGACAAACCAGUAAAAUGUCUACAAUGCUUGAGUCCCAGAAAGGCAGUGAAGAAGUUAUAAUAUCUAGGCCCCUGAAGGGCAGUGAACUGUCCACUGUACCACAGUCCCGAAAGGGUAGUCAACAGUCUAAUGCAGCACAGAGCCUGAAGGGAAGGGAGCAGCCUCCAGUUCCAGAAUCCCAGAAGGAUAGUCAGGAGCAAAUUGUUGAAGGGCAUGGAAGCAAGCAAAUGUUAGAUCAGGAAUUUCAAAAGAGUAGCCAACAGCCCCCAAAGACUCAAUCUCAUUUGGAUGCUGCAAGAAUCAGUGAAGUGCCACGUGGUUUCAAAAAUGAGGUAAACAUACCAAAGCAAAAGAUUUCAUUUACCGAGAAGGCCCAGCAAACAUAUAGCAUUAUUUCUGUGGAGGUAAAUACUUGGAUAAACAGAAGGACUGGGAAACAAAUGACAUGUAGUACUCAACAAACUGAGAAGAGUUGGCUUCAGGAUUAUCUUUCAAGGAAAAGAAAACGCGCAUCGAAAGGAAGCCUGAACAGUUCUGCUGCAGCUGAACCAGAAAAUAUGAAAUUAGAGAAACCAGUCAGCCCUGAGAGUGGUGAAAAAGAUGGUGUAAAACACCAGCAAAUUAGUAGGCAUGAGCCACAAGUGGAAAUCGAUAUGGUGACUGAGAAUCAAGGUCUAACCUCUUUUGAAAGGGAUGAAACAGAAAGAGAUACUCAGAAGAUUCUCAAAGGGAAGAUCUCUGAACACAGUCAAAAGAAAGAGAUACUACAGUCUCUGAGAGGGAGCCUGCAGGAAGAUGUGCCACAGUCCCAAUGGUGCUGCUCAAAGCAUGCAGAACCAGAGGAGGAAGUGCUGUUGUCAAGGCAGGCCAGUCAACCUAUAGAGGUGCAAGAGUCCCGGAGGGGAAUUCAGCAAGUGGAAGUCCAAGAGUCCCGGGAAGGCAAUCAGCAGAUGGAAGUAUCCCAGAGGGGAAGUCAGCAGGUGGAGAUGCAAGAGUCUCGGAGGGGCACUCAACAAGAAGAUAUCCAAGUAUCCCGAAGGGGCAGUCAGCAGGCAGAGAUGCAAGCAUCCCGGAGGGGCAGUCAGCAGAUGGAAGUGCAAGAGUCUCAGAGAAGCACUCAACAGGGAGACGUCCAAACAUCCUGGUGGGGCACUCAGCAGGCGGAGGUGCAAGAUUCCUGCAAGGGAAGCCAACAAGGGGAUCUUCAAGAGUCCCGGAAGGGCAGCCAGCAGGCAGAUAUGCAAACAUCCCGAAGGGGCAGUCAGCAGAUAGAGGUCCAGGAGUCCAGGAGGGGCACGCAGCAAACAGAGGUCCAAGCAUCCCGAAGGGGCAGUCAGCAGAUAGAGGUCCAGGAGUCCAGGAGGGGCACGCAGCAAACAGAGGUCCAAGCAUCCCAAAGGGGCAGUCAGCAGAUAGAGAUCCAGGAGUCCAGGAGAGGCACGCAGCAAACAGAGGUCCAAGCAUCCCGAAGGGGCAGUCAGCAGAUAGAGGUCCAGGAGUCCAGGAGGGGCACUCAGCAAACAGAGGUCCAAGCAUCCCGAAGGGGCAGUCAGCAGGUAGAGGUCGAGGAGUCCAGGAGGGGCACGCAGCAAACAGAGGUCCAAGCAUCCCGAAGGGGCAGUCAGCAGGUAGAGGUCCAGGAGUCCAGGAGGGGCACUCAGCAAACAGAGGUCCAAGCAUCCCAAAGGGGCAGUCAGCAGAUAGAGGUCGAGGAGUCCAGGAGGGGCACGCAGCAAACAGAGGUCCAAGCAUCCCGAACGGGCAGUCAGCAGAUAGAGGUCGAGGAGUCCAGGAGGGGCACUCAGCAAACAGAGGUCCAAGCAUCACGAAGGGGCAGUCAGCAGAUAGAGGUCGAGGAGUCCAGGAGGGGCACGGAGCAAACAGAGGUUCAAGCAUCCCGAAGGGGCAGUCAGCAGAUAGAGGUCCAGGAGUCCAGGAGAGGCACGCAGCAAACAGAGAUCCAAGCAUCCCGAAGGGGCAGUCAGCAGGCAGAAGUACAAGCAUCCCGUAGGGGCAGUCAGCAGGCAGAAGUACAAGCAUCCCGUAGGGGCAGUCAGCAGGCAGAAGUACAAGCAUCCCGAAGGGGCAGUCAGCAGGCAGAAGUACAAGCAUCCCGUAGGGGCAGUCAGCAGGCAGAAGUACAAGCAUCCCGAAGGGGCAGUCAGCAGGCAGAAGUACAAGCAUCCCGUAGGGGCAGUCAGCAGGCAGAAGUACAAGCAUCCCGAAGGGGCAGUCAGCAGGCAGAAGUACAAGCAUCCCGUAGGGGCAGUCUGCAGAUGGAAGUGCAAGAGUCCCGGAGGAACACUCAGCAAGCAGAGAUCCAAGCAUCCCAAAGGGGCAAUCUGCAGGUGGAAGUGCAAGAAUCCCAGAGCAACACCCAGCAAGCAGAGAUCCAAGCAUCCCGGAGGGGGAGUCAGCAGGUGGAGGCCCAAGAAUCCCAGGGAGCCACUCAGCAAGAAGACAUCCAGGCAUCCCGGAGGGGCAGUCUGCAGAUGGAAGUGCAAGAGUCCCGGAGGGAUACUCAGCAAGCAGAAGUCCAAGCAUCCUGGAGGGGCAGUCAGCAGAUGGAGGCCCAAGAGUCCCAGGGGGCCACUCAGGAAGAAUACAUCCUAGCAUCUCGAAGGGGCAGUCAGCAGGCAGAAGUGCAAGCAUCCUGUAGGGGCAGUCUGCAGAUGGAAGUGCAAGAGUCCCAGAGGGGCACUCAGCAAGCAGAUGUGCACGAAUCCCAGGGAAAUAGUCAAUAUGUGAAGAUGCAAGAGUCCCGGAUGGGCAGUCAGCAGGCGGAGGUACCAGCAUCCCGGAGGUGUAGUCAGCAGGCUGAGGUUCAGGACAGUAAACAGGCAGAGGUGCAAACAUCUGAGAGUGGCACUCAACCGGUGGAAGUGGAAACAUCCUGGGCUAGCAUUCAGCAGGUAGAAGUACAUGCAUCCAGGAAGGGUAGUCAGCAGGCAGAGGUGCAAAUGUCCCGGAGGGGCAGUAAGCAGGGUGAGUUGCAAGAAUGUCAGAAAGACAACCAACAGGGAGAGCCCUGGAGAGGCAGGCAGCAGAUUGAUGUGCCUGAGUCCCCAAAAGAAUGCCAGAGGGCACAGGUUCUCCAUUCUCUACAAAACAGUGUUCUACAAACAGCACCAUGCUCCCAACAAAGUCCCCAACAAGCCGAGAAGUUAGAAUCUCAGCAAGUUAGCCACUUUGAUACCAAGCAGGACUCCCAGCAAGAAAACCAGCAGUUGGUGAAUGUUGAGUUUCAAUAUAGUGACAUGUUAUGGAACACAUCAGGAGGUCAAAUACAAGACCUUGGCAAUUCUGAAAGCAAGAGUACACUUGGGAGCCUAUCAUCAAUAUAUGUUGAGGCAGAAGAUCAAGCUCUGCAGACCUACAGCAUAGUUUCUUUAGAAAAUGGAAUUUUGUUGAAUAGAAAAACAGGCAGAAUCUUGACAAGCCAUAGUCAACAGACAAGUGCCACUGCUGUUAAUUCAGUGUAUAACCGAGCUCAGGAAGACCUCAGAGAUGCAGUACAAGGGCCAGAGCCAUCUGAAUCCAGAUUAAAGCAACCUGAAGGGAAAUCAGGUCAGGAAUCUCCACAUCGUAGUCAAACAGCUGAAAAUGAUGUAUCAAGUAUUACGACCACAUCAUCCUGGAGGGAACGGCAGUUCUCUGAUGAUGCUCAGAAAGACAUAGAGAAAGUGCUAACAGCCUAUACAAGUGAGUCUACCUUGCUGAGUGCACAGUCAUCAUUAACAUAUGCAGAAGUGGAUUAUGCCUCCAGGAUUUCUAGCAAUGUUUCUGUGCGUGAAGGAAGCUGGAUAAACAUUAAAACGGGCAGGCUGCUAGCAUCGCAAGGUCAGCAAACUGACAUAUAUGCGGAAGAUGGCUAACCUGCACACCAUUCAAGUUCUUCACUGGAGUGAUCAUAAUCAGAUUGAUAAAUGAAGGCCACCAGCCAGCCUGCCACAUUGAUGAACCCUAUGAGGAAUUUGAGAUGCCAAGAUAUUGAUGCCCUGAGAGAAAUUUGGAGACCUCUGAGUAUCAGCAGUCGCUAAGAAUUUUGCUGGUAGAAGAGCAAGACUAAGGCUUCUGGAAACAUGGGAAGCAGAAUAAAAAUGGGGAAACCUAUAUAUUUCGUGGUUCA